UGUCGCUCCGGGGGCCGCGGCGGGCGGGGCUCCGGCGGAGCCCGGCCUAGUCCCCACCCCAGCCCGGCUCCCAGCCGCCCGCCCUCCCUCCCUCUCCCCGAUGCAGGGGGCCGAGCUCCGGGAUGGCGAGGCGGCGGCGGCGGCCGCUUCGUACCGCGUCCUGAGCCGCCUGCUCGGCUAUGGAGAGGCGGCCCCCGAGCCAGGCCCGCCGCCGCCGCCUCCGGGCCAUGGUCCCCCGCCGCCACCCUUCCUCGCGCGGCCCGGCCCGCGGGGCUCCCGGCCGCCGCAGCUGAUGGUGUUCCGCAACGUGGGUCGGCCGCCGGAGGAGGAGGACGCGGAGGCGGCCCCGGAGCCGGGACCCUCGGAACUGCUGUGUCCCCGGCACCGCUGUGCCCUGGACCCCAAGGCCCUGCCGCCGGGGUUGGCGCUCGAGCGGACCUGGGGCCCGGCGGCUGGACUAGAGGCGCAGUUGGCGGCUCUGGGGCUCGGGCAGCCGGCGGGACCGGGAGUCAAGACGGUCAGUGGGGGUUGCUGCCCGUGCCCGUGCCCCCCGCAGGCGCCCCCUUCGCAGCCCCAGCCGCCUGCUGCCACCCCGCAGGCCGGGGAGGACCCCACGGAAACGAGCGACGCGCUGCUGGUCCUGGAGGGCUUGGAGUCGGAGGCCGAGAGCCUGGAGACCAACAGCUGCUCGGAAGAGGAGCUCAGCAGCCCUGGCCGCGGAGGAGGAGCGGGCGGGCGGCUUCUGCUGCAGCCCCCAGGCCCUGAAUUGCCCCCGGUGCCCUUCCCGCUGCAGGACUUGGUUCCUCCAGGGCGCUUGAGUAGAGGGGAGCAGCAGCAGCAGCAGCAACCUCCCCCGCCCCCGCCUCCUCCUGGGCCCCUCCGGCCCCUCGCGGGCCCUUCUCGGAAGGGCUCCCUCAAAAUCCGCCUCAGUCGCCUCUUUCGGACGAAGAGCUGCAACGGUGGCUCCGGCGGUGGGGAUGGGGCCGGCAAGAGGCCUUCUGGAGAGCUGGCUGCUUCAGCUGCGAGCCUGACGGACAUGGGAGGCUCCGCGGGCCGGGAGCUGGACGCGGGGAGGAAACCCAGGUUGACAAGAACUCAAAGUGCCUUUUCUCCAGUCUCCUUCAGCCCCCUAUUCACAGGUGAAACAGUGUCGCUUGUGGACGUGGACAUCUCUCAGCGGGGCCUGACCUCUCCACACCCUCCAACUCCUCCUCCUCCCCCUAGAAGAAGCCUCAGCCUCCUCGAUGAUAUCAGUGGGACGCUGCCUACAUCUGUCCUUGUGGCUCCGAUGGGGUCUUCCCUGCAGUCUUUCCCCCUACCUCCGCCUCCUCCACCCCAUGCCCCAGACGCAUUUCCUCGGAUUGCUCCCAUCCGAACAGCUGAAUCCCUACACAGCCAGCCCCCACAGCAGGUCCAGUGUCCCCUCUACCGGCCCGACUCAAGCAGCUUUGCAGCCAGCCUGCGAGAGUUGGAGAAGUGUGGUUGGUAUUGGGGGCCAAUGAAUUGGGAAGAUGCAGAGAUGAAGCUAAAAGGGAAGCCAGAUGGUUCUUUCCUGGUACGAGACAGCUCUGAUCCUCGUUAUAUCCUGAGCCUCAGUUUCCGAUCACAGGGUAUCACCCACCACACUAGAAUGGAGCACUACAGAGGAACCUUUAGCCUGUGGUGUCAUCCCAAGUUUGAGGAUCGCUGUCAGUCGGUGGUGGAGUUCAUUAAGAGAGCCAUCAUGCACUCUAAGAAUGGGAAGUUUCUCUAUUUCUUGAGAUCCAGGGUUCCAGGACUGCCACCAACUCCAGUCCAGCUGCUCUAUCCUGUGUCCCGAUUCAGCAAUGUCAAAUCCCUCCAGCACCUUUGCAGGUUCCGAAUCCGACAGCUCGUCCGGAUAGAUCACAUUCCGGAUCUCCCACUGCCUAAACCUCUGAUCUCUUAUAUCCGAAAAUUCUACUACUAUGAUCCUCAGGAAGAGGUAUACCUGUCUCUAAAGGAGGCGCAGCUCAUUUCCAAACAGAAGCAAGAAGUGGAACCUUCCACGUAGCGAGGGGCCCAUGCUGCUCACCACCAAGGGCAUUUGGUUGCUAAGCUCCAGUUUUGAAGAACCAAAUGAAGCCACCAUGAAAAGAGGAGUGAGGAAAGGCAAGAGGAAAUAGGAAGGGUUGGGAUCCUCUGCACGAAGACUUUGGUUCCCCUCGUGACCCUGGGGCUUGGAAGAAGCACACAGCCGUCCUCUCUGAGUGGGGCGCCACCCUUCCCAUCCAGCCCCUGUGGUGUCCCGGAACUGGAUGAGCUGCUUGGAAAACUGGAAGAAGUCUCAACACUGUUCCUUUUUCAGAAAUUUUGUUUUGGAUAUUUGCAUUUUUCGGUAUGGAAAACUCACGUUAAAGGCGGCUGGGGUUUGUGCCCAUGGCAUUGGAAGUGGUCCAAGGGUGAGCAGGUCCGAAGGAAGGGAAGUGGGGGCAGGGGAUUGAUUGCCAGUGACGGUCAUUCAGCUGGUGCCAAAGGCAGAGUGCGAGUCUUCACCACUGACUUUGAAGAAGGGAAGAGAAGGAGUCAGAAGUGCAGAUCAAGCUGGGAGUUUCCGAGGGAUUAGAAUCUGCUUCUCUGUGAGCAAGGGCAGCCGCAGGAGGAGCAGGAAGGAGAGGAGGGUGGGUGGUCUUGAAAGCAGAUUAGCGGACAGAAACUGGCAAGUGGCCUCUGCAGGGGAAACAGUGACUCCUCACAUCCGUUCCUUUUAAGGUUUAGGAACCUGAUUUCGGGAUCACCUCUCAAAGAAUCUGUUAGUUUUAUUUUACUGAAUUCCUAAGUUUUGUGACCUCAAGUUAGCCCCAUUCUUCCUCUACCCUCAACUCAUUCCCCUCGAGAUAACUGUACAUUUCACUCUGGUCAUGGUAACAUCAUUCCUGUUGCUUCUGCCAGCUGUUAAGGCAAUAGUUCUUCUCAUCACCUGAGCAGUUCAGAGCUCCAGUCGUGGGCUGCUAGAGUUAGUGGAGCGCGCUUCCAGAUCCUUAAUGGCAAACUGUACCCGUGACUUAGGAGUCAGUGUUGCUUACCUCCAUAUGUCUGUCAGCUAGUGAGAGGGAAUGUGGAGCAAGGUGAGAAAGGAAGCCAUUGUCACUGUGCUCUUCCUAGAGAAAGCUCUGUGGUGACUCAGCCUGAAUGGGAGGUCCCCAGAUCGGCAAGGAGGAGAGCAUUACAUCUCACGGUUUUGGGUUUAUCACUGUUGUCCCACUUCUGGGAUGGGAGGUAGCAAGGGCUUCUUAAUUCUCCUGUGUUCUUUCUAGCAAUGCACACAUUUUCCUGAGUCAGAUCCUGUUUGCCCUCCUUUCACUGGAAAGUCUGUCAGAUGCUGAUUUGAGAGUUACCUGUCUCCCAGGUGGGAGUGGAGGAGGAGGGAGAAAAACACCAGUGCUUUUCACUGGUCUUUAAUUUUUUAUGAAGCAGGCCAUUGUCAAAUCAUAACAUUAUGAGUUUGCUUUUCUGUGGAGUUACUCUGGGGAAGGGUUUGCUAUUAAGAUGUAAAAAUUGAGCUGUUUGGUCUUUAUUACUCUUUUUCAGUAGGUGUUCCAUUAGACUGCUUCUUUUGGUUCCCCUCUGCUUAUAUCUGCCUCAUCUCAUGAGAUAAAUAAUAUUGUUGGGUUUGUGGUUUCCUGGAUCGGGGUGAAGCCCCGUGUCUUGGUAAUCUGCCUCAUCUGGCCUUCUGCCUUACGUCCUGCAUGGAAUGACCAGUCUUCCUCCUUGUAGCUAAGUUGGGAGGAACUUGCAUAGUUACCUGGCUUCAAAGAAGUGGCCCACAAAUUGAGCUUUGUAGCAUAAACACAGUCCCCCUCUGAUUUGUCCUGAGGUACCUUUUCUCUCCUUGGCUUCCAUGGUCAUAUUACCCACCAGUUAAGAUUGUGAUCCCAGAAAUCGGCGUAACUCGUGAGUCUUGCCUCCUGAGGGUGCAGACUAACUUGCUAUCCUGCAAAGGCCCAGCCCGCUGUGGAGCCUGCAGCCUGCAGUCUGCAGUCGGUUGUGAUCCUCGAGCGGCUGAUGUGCAGCUACCUGGGAUCUUUUCUUUUUCUUUUUUUUUUUUUUUUUUUUUUUUACCAUUUUUGCCACUCAUAAUUGUAAAAUUAUUUUUAGUAUGUGCUUGCCUUGCUGUGGUCUAGAAGCUGUGGAAAACACAAGAGGUGGAAGACAUGAUAUCUGGGCUAAGGGAACUUUUAGGUGACUGCCACACAUGAAGCAACUGGAGGAUGACAGUGUGGCAGAGAGAAUCAAGGGCUGUCUGUAAAGGAAUUCAGAAUGGAUAAGAUCAGGGUAGACCAGAUGGUCAGGAAAGCUCCAUGGUUGUGAGGCUUUGGGUCGUAGGCGAGGGCAGGACAGUGAGAUGAGAAACAUGAACAAAAGUGUGGAGGCAGAAUCCUCAUGGCAUGUCCUGAACAGCGCACAGUCCUGAGUGCACAGCAGAGCAGCAAAGAAUCCUUUCAAAGGGCUAUGGUCUCGAGCGAAACUUCCCGUGUAUCAGGCAGAUCUGAAUGCUGAGGGGUUAUAAUGGUGAAGUAGAGCCCCAAGCCGGAAGUCAGCCAGUUCCUGCCCGUAGCCUGGGAGCUCACUGUUCUCUGCACAGCCUGGGUGAGCCCCUGUACCCCUUGUGGUACCAGGGGUUUCUCUGGGAGAAUUCAUACACUCAGGUGCAAAACCAAACCAGCUGAGGAGGUGUGACCCAGCCUCCCCACCAUCCUUCCUUCUCCUGGAAGGGCAGUGUUUACCUGUGUCCAUGAGCUGUCUGUGCAUUGGUCACCGUCCAGGCUGUAGCAUGGUCCUUCCCCAGUAGAGUGGACUACAAGACAGAGUCGCGAAAGAGGAGAUAGGCUCCAUCAGCGGGUGAGGAGGAAGAGGCGGCAGUGGGGCAGUUGGCUGAGGUGCCAGCCUGGUCAGAGAGUAAACAGGGUUGGGGGCAGAAACAGCUGGCCGGUCAGCGCUUCCCUUUCACCUCUUCUGCCUGGGCCCAGCCCCUGCUUUGCCAGGUCUGUGUAGAGCUCAUUGAAAUGCAUCUACAGAGGAAAUGCAUUCCUUUUUGGUGGUGGUUUUAAAGUCAUAAACUGGAGAAGGUUCUCCCUGUUAGGGACUCAUCAUCCAUUUCUCAGUGGACGGCUGAUGUCAGGACCCUCAGGCCCUGCCUGUGUAACGCUCGCUUGUUUAUGAUUGAUCUACUGUAACUUUCCUUGGGACAGGCGUGAACCACUGUGAGCCAGUGACAACUACUGCUAUAACUCGCUGUUACUUGAAGUGCAUGUGCUGUGGUAGGAGCACAGGAGUAAGGAGGGCGGGGCUUUGGUGUGGGGACUAGAUCAGUGGGUGACAACUGGCAGUUUGGGACCAUUGGCAAUGACCUUGGCCUGGUCACCUGCCUGUGCCUAGAUAUAGUGAAUGUAACACCCUGGAAUGGGAGCCGUGGCCUGCGGCACCAGCCUCCUGGGAGGAAAGGCUUGGCAGAGAGCUUGCUGCCACGGUUUCUACCCUCCUCCUUAGCUCCUUUUCCCUGGGGCUGACUGUGUAGGCCCCGUGUUGAGGUUGGGAGUGAUGUGGAGAUAGCUGCAAACACCCCUACCGCGCACACCAGGAGGACCUGGGGAGUGUGGGGCGGGGAUUAGUGCCCCCAGAUCUGGGUGUCAGAGGUUGGGGUAGAGCCGGAUGCCCUGGGGAGCGGCCUUUUCAGCCCCAUCCCAGGCCCAUGAAGAGCCUGGCCUGCUUGCAGCCCUGGGGUCCCCGCAGGAAGCAGGAUAGGAGGGACUUUCCCCCUAGGUCUGAUCCUUCCCUGCCCUGCGCCUCGCCCUGGCUCUGAGCCCUGAAGCUGGAGGACUAGGCACUGGGAUCCAGCCCUACGGCAGCUGGAAGGAGGUCUGCACGUCUGUGUGUGCACAUGUGCCCGUGUGUGCGUCUUCAUUUGCAGAAGUCUUGCCACUGGUUGGGGUGUUGAGAGCAUCUCUACUGGGGGGAGACCUGCCAUUUGUUUUCCACUUUGAAGAGAAUGACACGCCCCCUGUCCCUAAGGGAAGAGCUUCGAGUUAGACAUUUUCCCUAUGGGAAUCCUCUUGGUUUGGUUUGUGGGAAAGGGGGGAAUGGAUAAAUGAUUUUUAUCUCUAAUCGUCAACACAGCUCUUCUUACACUGAAUUUGUGCUAUUGCAUACAUGUAGCCAUCUUUCUUUUCACUGCAGCAGUGUUUAUCAGUAGUUCGAAAUGAUUUAUUUGCUCCUGGGGAGUAAAACUUUUUUUAUUAAAAAAGAAAAAAUAAAUAAAGAAAAGUGUGACCCCCUCCCCCCAUGAUAGCUAUGGGAUUACUGGGCCACAAAGCUCAAAAAGGCAAAGUCGAGUCUGCCAGUCCCCGUGAUCCAUCCUGUUUUGACAUUGGAGCCUUCAUGCUCAGCACAAAAUGACAGGAGGCCUUGAGAAGAUGGAGAGCAAAGCCUUGGGAGGAGUGAGAUGGGGGUUGGACCACAGAGCCAGGGGCACUGGAGACUCAGGUGCUGCAGUUAGAAAAAUAGAAGAGUGAAUUGUAUUUAAGAUUGACUCUCAUCUGCCAGGGAAAGACCUUUCUUUACAUGUAGGUUCCAUGUUGUCUCUGUCCUUUUCAUCACUUCUUCACCUUCCUGGCAGGUGCCGCUUUCCUGUCCUGUCUACCCCUUUUCCCGUCCCGUCUCACUCCCAUCUACCUCCCAGGAAGCCAGUCCUGCAUGCUGAGUCUGUGACAUGCCUUCACGCCCAUUUCAUCCAUUGCAUCUCAUUUAGAGGGUACCUGGAACUGCUCCACCCCCUGCCCCCACCCCCUAGUCCUUUGCCAUGCCAAGAGGCAUCAAGGGGCAGGCAAAAAGCAGCCAGCUGAGGCUGGAAGACCUGAAUGUCUGGUUGCAGCUGGACUGCAAUCGUAGUUGCUGUUGCUUCUGGAGGUAGAGUGCAAGGAAAGCUUAGGACACUCUUGAUCAGAAGCCAGGAUAACCACAAACCGCACAGCCCCGCUCAGAGCUGCGUCCUAAGCCCCUUACUCAGCUCAGGUGGAGCGGGAAGGCUGGUCUGACUGCUCCAUCCUUGGUGCUCCCUUGAACAGGGACCUGCCCCUCACUGUUAGGCCCAGAACCUUUCCCAAGGGACUAGCAUAAUCCAGGCACUGCUCUGGGGGCAGGCCAGUUGUUGGAAUGCCAAAACUGGUGCUGCCCGUGGCACAGCCCCUGCUGUACAUUUUUUGGUUGUUUUUAAGAAACUCAAUGAAGAAGGGUGUCAUUCUGGGCUCGAGUGGUUGCCAGUUCUUCACCAUAAGGGGAGCCACACCCCCUGCAACCACUUCUGUCCUCUUCGGCCACCCUGCCCUCCUCCAAGCCAAAGCGUGGCCUGGCUUUUGUCUUCCCAUUUAGUUUUUCUCCCUUUUUGUGCUUAAUUUAUUAAAAUAGUUGCUGUAUAAUUUAUUUUCAUAAACUAUAAAAAAUUACUAAAUGGUUAAAAUAGACUUGCAGGCCAAUCUUAAAUGGGGUGGGAGGGUCUGAGGGUGGGUGGGGAAAGGGAAAGAUGUUUUGAUAUAAACAAAACAAAUGCACUUUGGGUGUGUUUUGGUAUUUUUCUGGGGAUAGAGGGGUGGUGUUGGGAUGUCCCUGUAGAUUAGUUCCAGAAUGGGGUGUCUGUAUAUACUGUAUCAAUAGGCAUGUUUGACUCUUGUAAAGGGACGUUAGUAGCUGCUGCAGGUCCUGUUGGGAAACUCCAUGUACAAUUCCCGGGUUUUUGUAAGUGUCAGUGCGGGAGACAUUUGACUCUUGUGUUUGUAUCUCCUUUUUAUGAUUGCUGUACUGACCCAUGUCUUUUUGGGGAGGGGUGAACAGAGAUUUGAAAUAAAAAUGUUUAGAAAUUA